AUGGAGCUCUCUCGACUCGCUGUACCCUCCGUAUACGGCCUGAUAUUCUUCCUUGGCUAUCCGUCGCAAUGGAUGUUAAUGUACCUUGAGCCCGGGCCUCUAACGAAGAACGAACUCAUCGCAGCAAAUCUCGUUCUGAUAUUAAUCUUCACGACAUAUACUAAAUCUGUAUUUGUUGAUCCCGGAACAGUUCCUAAAGACUGGGCGGGCAAGAAAGAGUUUGGAAAUGCGAAUGGUACUAUGGCCGAGAAGGAGGCUGUUGGAAAGAGCAGGAAAUGGUGCCGAAAAUGCGAUGCUGCGAAGCCUCCGAGAGCUCAUCAUUGUAAAGAAUGUAAAAGGUGUAUCCCCAAGAUGGACCACCACUGCCCCUGGACCGCAAACUGCGUCUCCCACACUACCUUCCCGCAUUUCUUACGCUUCCUCUUCUACACGACAAUUGGCCUCUCUUUCCUUGAAUCUCUCCUGUUCACGCGGAUUUCUCAGCUCUGGUCUGAUCGGGACAUGCCAUCCUACCUAGGACCCAACUCUUUCCAGCUCGGCCAUCUAUUCACCACACUCGUUGCAAAUUCUAUCACACUUUUCGCGCUAGGUGUCUUAUUCAUCAGAAACCUGUGGUGUCUCGCGGUCAACACUACCACCAUCGAAGGCUGGGAGAUCGAACGCCAUCGCACCCUCUUGCGGCGGGCUAGGCAUUUCGGUGGUUACCUUGAAGGCGGAGAUGGAACUAAAAUUCGCAUCAAGAAACAAGAAUUUCCGUAUGACAUUGGCAUCUGGGCAAACAUUGUUCAGGGCAUGGGUUCUGCAAACCCUAUAGCCUGGUUCAACCCCCUCGCCCCCACGCCUUCACUGCAGAGCGGCUUGUUGUUCGCGUCAAAUGGCUUUGAAGACGCCGACACAACCUGGCCGCCUCCGGACCCAGACCGUGCUUACCGCCGUUACGACACAGCGGUUAAUGCCGACGCUUUCACAUUCCAAGAGUCCGCUCUUGACGCUCAAGAAACACUCGCUGCUUUCAAAGCACGACAGGCUGAAGACGAAGUACGAAGGCGCAAGCCAUUCCUCGAACGUGCAGAAGCCAGUUUGGCCAAUCAAAGAGUGGAACAGUGGAAUGGCGCGGAAGACGAUGGAUAUGAGUACGGGGAGGAUGAAGUGAAGGACAGGUACGGGAGCGGCGAGCAUGAAGGGGAAGAGGGGUGGCGAAACUCAGAAGGCGAGCGGUUGAAAGAUUUUGGCCUUGACGAAGAGGUUGAAUUUUAUGAUGAGCACGAGGAUGAGAUACCGUUGAGCGAGUUACUUGCCCGGAGAAAGGCGGCUUCAGGAUCAUCAUCAGCGUAUGACUAUUCAUAG